CUCCCGGCGGCUUCCAUCUGUUGCGCGGGGUGUGUGUGAGCCUGGGUUCGCCGAGCCCAGCAGCCAGGGAAGGCGCCUCUUUGCAGGGGUGGCCCCGGGCAGCGCGUUCCCCGAUGUCUCAGACAAAGAGCCCGGCUGCAGCUGCCGGGGAGCUGCUGGCCCACGGAUCCGCGGCCGCCGCCGCUUUCCCAGCCACGGCGGCGGUCCCCGCUGCCGCCACCCUGGCUGGAGGACGGGCGGGGACGCUCCAGCCCUCUGCCCCGGGGCCGCUCCGCCAGCCCGCCCGCUCCCUGCGCUCGCCCAGCGGCGGCUGGGGGCGCUCGCCAGGGUCCCCGACCCCGCCGUAGAAGUUCUGGCCGGCGGGGCUCGCCGGGGCUCGGCGCCGGGCGGGGCGGGGCGGGGAGCCGCGGAAACCUCCCGCAGCGCCCCGGCCGGGGCUGCGGCCGCUCUUCAGUCCGAGGCCCCGGGAGCGGCCCCCCGCGGGGAUCUCCUGGCGGCACCAGCGGGGAUCCGGGCGUCUCUCCUCCCGGCGAGCUCCAGCCGAGCCCAGCCGCCGGCCCCUGCCCCGGCGAGCGGGAUGGGCAGCCCGGGCGAGCCGCUGCGAGGAUCCCCGACCUGCCGUGCAGGAACAUUUGCCGCGUAAAGCUUCCCAGCCCCCACGUGCCCCAGCGGACCCAGAUGUUGGUGCGGGCUCAGAGCUGCAGAACAGUGAGUGCAUGGGAGAAUGGUAGUGCGACCAUAAGAUCAUGCUCUACACAAUGACAUGUUGGCUUCCAGUCCUGGGCCUCCACUGGAUUCUUCUGAGCACCGCCCGGGUGGUGGCCUGCCCGGCUCGCUGCGAGUGUGCUCCUCAGAUCAAGUCCGUGGUGUGUCAUCGCAAACGCCUCAGCUCCAUCCCCGAGGGGAUCCCCACCGAGACCAAGAUCCUGGAGCUCAGCAAGAACCGGAUCCGCUGCCUGAACCCGGGGGACCUGUCCCCGUACCCUUUGCUGGAGGAACUCGAUUUAAGCGAGAACAUCAUCGUCAGUGUGGAGCCUGGGGCCUUCAGCAACCUGUUUAACCUUCAGAUCUUGCGGCUCCGAGGCAACCAGCUCAAGCUGAUCCCUUCUGGAGUCUUCACCAAGCUGACCAAUCUCACCCUCCUGGACAUCAGCGAGAACAAAAUAGUCAUCCUGCUGGACUACAUGUUCCAGGACCUGAGGAACCUGAAGAACCUGGAGGUGGGAGACAACGACUUGGUGUACAUCUCCCAAAGGGCUUUCUCUGGCCUCCUAGGCCUGGAGCAGCUGACCAUAGAGAAAUGCAACCUGACGGCCAUCUCAGCCGAAUCCCUCUCCUACCUCCAAAACCUGGAGGUCCUGCGGCUCCGACACCUCAGCAUCUCCACGGUGGAAGAUGGGAACUUCAAGAAACUCUACAAUCUCCUGCAGCUGGAGAUCGACAACUGGCCGCUGCUGGAAGACAUCUCGCCCACCAGUUUCCAGGGCCUGAACCUCACCUCGCUCUCCAUCACCUACACCAACAUUACGGCAGUGCCCACGGCCGCCUUGAAGAACCUGGUGUACCUCAUGUACCUGAACUUGUCUUAUAACCCCAUCAGCACUGUGCCCAAGGGCUCCUUCAAGGACCUCAUCAGGCUGCGAGAGCUCCACAUGGUGGGGGCCUUCUUGGUCUCCGUGGAGCCUCAAGCGUUCUCUGGCUUGAGGCAAAUCCGCCUCCUCAACCUCUCCAACAAUUUCCUUUCCACCCUGGAGGAGAGCACCUUCCAUUCAGUGAACACGCUGGAGACGCUGCGCGUGGACAGGAACCCGCUGGCCUGUGACUGCCGCCUCCUCUGGAUCCUACAGCGCCGCAAGACGCUCAACUUCGACGGGCAGCAGCCCAUGUGCUCCUCACCCCCUGAGAUCCAGGGCAACGCCCUGCGUGACUUCCCGGACUCCAUACUCUUUGAAUACUUCACCUGCCAAAAGCCCAAAAUCAGGGACCGAAAGUUGCAGCACAUAACAGCCCGUGAAGGGCAGUCUGUCUCCUUCCUCUGCCGUGCAGAUGGAGAGCCCGUUCCUGCCAUCAUCUGGGUCUCCCCUCAGCACAGGAUGAUCACCACCAAGAGCACUGGACGAGCCACCGUCCUGCCCGGGGGCACGUUGCAAAUCCGCUUUGCCCAGGUCCAAGACAGUGGCACCUACAUUUGCAUCGCUAGCAAUGCCGGAGGCAAUGACACCUACUUUGCCACCUUGACGGUCAAGGGGCAUCCCGUGGACGGCUCCCUUUAUGCAAACCGGACCUUGUCCCUCAGCGAGUUCAACGACACCUUCCACAACAACACGCAAGUCUUCUUAAAGUUUACACUGGACCUCAAGACCAUCCUGGUCUCCACGGCCAUGGGCUGCAUCACCUUCCUUGGGGUCGUCCUCUUCUGCUUCCUGCUCCUCUUUGUGUGGAGCCGGGGGCGGGGACAGCACAAAAACAACUUCACCGUGGAAUACUCCUUCCGCAAAGUGGAUGGCCCCACCACCACCGCUGGGCAGGGCAGCGCCAGGAAGUUCAACAUGAAGAUGAUCUGAGCGGCCCCAGAAGGAGGGUGGUUGCUAGUCCACUGCCUGCCACCAAAUGGGGCCCUCCAAGAGCCCGGCAGGGGGUAGGAGCAUCCUUCCUUUGUUUUCCAAGUGACCACUUCGUCUGGUCAUGUGGCUUCACUCCUCUGGAGAUCGAGGCAGUAAAACUCACGGAGGAACCUGGCUGGGACGUUGCCUCGGUUCGACCACAAGGGCUCGGAGGCAACUGGGAGGAGCGAGCGGUUUUCCCCGUUGGCCUUGCCACCCAACUGAACUGAGCAGAAGCAUCACUGGAAACGGCCCCAGGGGCCUCCCAGCGGCUUAUUCCCAUUUCUGAGCACACCCCACCUUCUUUGAACUGUGAGACCCCCCCACACCCAGGUCCCAGAGGGCAAGAGCGGGCCAAGGAGGCAUGCACAGCCCUUGUGGGUCAGGGCCUCGCGAUGUAGCUAACAUUCUUUUGUAUCAACUAUGCAUUUUUCAGACCUUGAGCAAGCAGUGUCUGGGCCCGGAGAACCUGCUUCCUUUUUUAAGAGACCAUCUGGAACCCUUUCUCGGUUGUUGUUUAUGGUUCGUUUUUAAUUUGUUGGGGGUUUUUUUUUAAAUGAAUUUCCAACAGACGUCUUCCUGGGCGACAAGGGACUCCCGCAGAGCAACUCCUGGCUGCCCUGGCACGCGCUCCAACCGGCCUGGGCGGCUCGAUCCAACGCAGGGGAGGUGCUGUGCUCGGAGGAGUUCCUCUCGGCAUUCGGAAGAAGGGGCGGCAAACCCCAGCGCCUGGGGAGGGAAUCCCCCUGCACAAGCAAUAAUAACCCAACCCAACAGUCCCUUCCAGACGUACGGGUCUGUGCAGGCAUGAAUGCCACCCCAUUGGCGCUGAGCGGUAUUUCCCCAAAGCACACUGGCAUUUGAAGCCAGCGAGCAGGCUGCUGGUUGAGGUGGCAGCAGAAACGGGAAGCGCAGCCCCUGUGAGUAAUGGCCAGGCCUCGGCAGGCUCGGGGCCGAGCUAGCUGGCCCGCUUGCAGAGGAAAUCACCACGGUAAAAAAAAUGACACCGUCUCGACUGCGUCUCUCGCUGCUGCUGGCCUCUGCGCUCUGUUCCGUCCCUGCUCCUCCCUCCGGCUCCACCUCUACUCCACCCCUUCCCUCGAGGCCCCGCCUCUUCCCCGCCCCCUCCCCUGAGGCCCCACCCUCAUUCUGGCUCUUCCUGCCCACACUCCACCCCCUCCCCAAGGCCCCUGCCAGCCUGCCGCUCUCCGCCCUCCCCCAAGUCCCUCCCCAAGCCACCAAACAGCUGUUUGGUGGCGGCCGCACGGCAGAACAGCUCUUGGGCAGCGGCGCCGUCCCAGAGCUGUGAGUGGUGGGUGUUGAGCAUCCAUUAUUUUCCCCAUGGGUGCUCCAGUUCCGGAGCACCCACGGAGUCGGCGCCUACAUGGGGAGAAUCCCCCAUCCCUGUUCUCGGUGGAGCUGCUCCAGAGAACAGCAAGGUGGAGCUGGGCACACAGUGGGGAGGGAUGAUGAGGAGCUGCCCUGGCUCCCCUCUGGGCAUGGAGGAUCCUCAGCUCCUGAUCCUGUUGGGGGUAAAGAGGCCCCGUCACCCAUCCUGGAUGAAAGGGGAACUGUUUUGUCUGGCCGUGCAUCUAACUGCCCAGCCGAUGUGCAGUUACCCAGUUUGCCUCGAUUGCCAUGGCACCGGUGUGUGCAAAUUAGGUGUGCGCUUGUGCUUGCACUAAUGGGCAUGCAGAAAUGCACGGGCAGUUUGGGGACCCUGGCUCUCUGAGAGGGCACCCCCAAAUCAAAAGAGGCAGCCACCAGUGUAAAAAGAGAAGUCCUGACCUGUGGAGCGAGAGAGUGGGCCAGACUCAUUGAAACAGAGCGUCAGACCCACGCCGCAAGAGAGAGCACCUGAGCUAUGCAAUCAGAGCCAGAUCCAAAGCCUGAGCCAUGUAAAGAAAGGGUCACCCCAAAAACCAGCUGGUCUUUUCUCCAAGCGAUCUCCAUUUAACCCACAAGCUGGUCUGGUCCUUUGGCUUGCAAGGUCUGCAGGGUCUUCAGUGGAAAAACCAUACCAGAUGCUCCUGUGCCUGUAACAAGGCUGGAAAAUAAACAGCUAUUUAAACAAUAGCAUAACAAAGGCACGCUCCCGCCCCUCCAACCCGCAGAGAAACGCAGGCAGAACCGUUAAGCACAGCAAACGCCACUGCGGCGUUAGCCUCCUCAAUUAACCCUUCCACCCGCGGCCACCGAGGGGGCCGAAGGUCCCAGGCGUGUGCGCGCGCCUGGCCCAGACGCGGAUAAUAAUUCUUCUUGCUGCUCCAUUUGUGCCACGGCAUUUUCUGUUCACAAAUUUGAGUUGAAGGGAAAACAGGGAUCAUGUCAGACAGAGCGGGUCCAUAUAGCAGGAGAUUUUUUUUUUUUAAAGGAAGGAGGAGGAGGAGGCGGGGAGGCAAGUGACUAUCCCAGGUGGGCAUGAACUGGAUUCGGGAUUUGCCCAGGAUCUGUGGGUGUUUAACUGCUUUCCCUCUCCAGCCCCACAGAGCGAUGCUAACACGUCACACUGCUGCACCUCUUCCCCGCUGAAGGCCAUGUUUAGAGGGACGGCAUUUCUUUACAGUGCAGCCGGCUCAUCAAGCCCGUUUCACCGGGAAGGUGCCACUUCUGUUUUAUUAUCCUCCCUGCCCCUGGCUGUUAUGACGCAGAGCUGGCUGGAUAUCAGUCUCUGACCACGUUACUCAGCCCAUAAUGUACCCAGCAAAAUCGUUCUGCUGGAUGGCUCUACUAUUAAAGUCAUUUGGGAGGGAGUGUUGUCUAGUGGUUAGAACAGAGUGGGUGCACCAGCUCCGCUGUCUGACCCCAGGGCAAGCUAUGGCCCCUCUCUUUGCCCCAUUUUACUCGUAUGUAAUCAUCCCUGCUUAUUAAUGUUAAUUCAGCACUCUCGAUGUGUAGGUCCCUUACAGAGCAGCUCGUAGGGGUGCUGUGUGCACCUUAAUUCAUGAUUUAGUGGGUGCAAAGCACUUUGAGCUCCAUGGAGGAAAGGCCCAAAAUAAGAGCAUUAUAACAUAAUAUACUGGUUAGUGUGUGCGCAUGCACAGCACUGUCCUCUACUGGAUGGAAUGGGAACUGCUCCACUGAGUGUCAUAGGCCCUAUACUGCUAAUGGAGAUUUGCAUUUAGCUUGAGUGGCAGGAGUCUGUGCUUCCGCAGCAGAAGCAGCUGGGGUCUAGCUCCGCUGCGGUCUGAAGUCUUAAGUAGAGCUGUGCAAAUAAUGGGUUGGUUUUUUGGUUCACUGGCAGUUCUGAAUGGUGGGGGGGUGGGGGCGGAAUUAAUUUCAAAUCAAAUCAAAAACAAAUUUUUUAAAAAAACGUUACCAAAUCAACAUAGCAAAAACCAUGGUUUGGGUCGAAACAAAACAUUUCAUUUCGACUGUGUGAGGGGUUUGGGGUGUUUUUUUUACAAUCCCUUUUAAGGCAGUUUUCAAACAAAACGUCAUUUUGAACGGCAGAAGUUUAAACCUUUUGACUUUCGCUGAAUUUUUUUCCCAACACAAUCUAACUACGCGCUUUGGUGUUGCCAAAUCUGCAAUUUUUUUUCCCCACCGAAAAAACAAAACAAAAACGUUUUGGCUGAAAAGUUUCACCCAGUGCUACCCUUAAGUAGCCACAGCAUGCAGCAUCAGGAGACGUAUUUAUCAGCUCCGACGGUUUUAUCCCACAUUGGACGUCCCAGGCCUCCUCGAUCUGUGAUAUCAUUUUCCCCACAGACAGAGAAUCCUCACUUCACAUGGGGAACGAGCAGGAGGCAAAGGUCUUGAAUGCAUGCAAAGAAAGUGUCCUCACUAAUGAGGAACAAGGGGAGCAUGAGGGGGACUAUAUAGCUGAUGGGCCUGAUCCUGCUGCUUUGAAGUCAACAGCACCAGAGGAAGCAGGACUGGGCCCAGAAUCCCAUGCUGGCAUGAGUCAUCUGUGCAAUAUUUUUCAGUUUCACUUUGCAGAGUUCCUGCAGAUUUUGUCUUUGAUUCCCAUCCAGAGAGGAUCCACCAGGCAGAUCAGCGAAUGGUUGCUCCCCUGCUCACUGUGGGUAGAGGGGGUGAAGGACUGGAGCCCAUCUCUUCCUUUGUUUUUAAAUCAUGUCAUUUCCCCUUAGUUUUUGAAAAAAAUGGAAAAAUAAAAAGGUCAAAUUUGCAAACCCGGCUACUCCCCAUCAGCAUAGCCCCGGUGCUCUAACCCCCAAGCCAGAGGCUGUGCAUUGCACUGGGGAAUCUCAGCUCUCUCUGCUGCACUCCAACGCAUCUGGCCCACAAUAUGUGCCUUGCAGUGUGCAGACCUGGCACAAUCAUUUUCACUAGCAUGGGCCCGUGCAAACCAUUCCUAAGAGCAGCAGGAGUAACCGUGAACAGGACUGGGGAUCAGGCACCCAAGGCUGUUGCUGGGUGACUUUAGUGAAUCUAUGUACGCUGGGGGUGUGUGUGUGUGUCCCAGGGAUCUUGACACCACUCCGGGGUAUCUGGGACAAGCAGAACCGCUUGCAUGUUUUGGACUGAAUUUUAUAAUGGCUGUUGGAGAAAACCAAAGAUCGUGAAUCGUCUGUGCCUCACGGGCACAAGAACAGGACAACAGGUCUCCUCGAGAUGUCACCUCCAUCCAGGAGCUGAAGUGCAGAGUGGUGUUAUUAUUACGUUUAGCCCCAUGAAUGGCUCCUGGAGGAGGUGUUAACAUAGCCCAUGAUAAAUUGUAGGCAUGAAUAUACAUGCAGAUUAACAUGCGUGCUUGGCAUACAGAUACCAGCCUCUGCAUGAGCACCUGCUCCCAUCCCCGCUGCUCUGCACCAAGGACCUCAAGAGACGCUAUCCUCCCCCCGGCCCCGACGCUCCGCCAUCUCCUCCCCCGCUUCCUCCCCCAGGCUGUCGCUGCCUCUGGCACCAUCACGGACUUUCUCUGCGAACGUUCACAUGGGAGAUGUUAGUUUCUUGGCUCCCCUGGUGGAUUAAAACAGGUCUCAGAUGCUGAGGUGCCCCCAGGAAGGAGACUGGGAGGCCUGACAUCCUCUCCCCUGGGGCAGGUGGGUGGCUUUUUGCCCCCACCCUCCUCCUUUAUUUUCACAGGUUUUUUCCUCUCCAUUUUCUCUUAAGCCCUUAUGUGUUUUCUCCCCCUCCCUUUGCUCUCGAUGCUGCAUCCCCUGGGCCAUGACACACCUGCCGGGCAGCAGCUACCCCAGCUGCAAGGCCUGGGAAUGGGAAGACAGCCCUCCUGACUGACUCAGACCCUCCAGCCCAGACACGUUGGCCAAGGGGUUGGUGCACCGGGAGUAGGUCAGGGCGGGCAGCAGACCCCGGCACUGCGUGCCCAGGGGCACCAGGACCCUGCCCAGAUGUUAUUUUGUGAAUGUGUUUUAGGCACAAGGGGUUUGACAAUUUAAUCCUAAAAGGCACAAGGCCAAAUUCCUUCCUGGACAAAAUCCACUGGCCUGGGUGAAGUUACAGCCGGGAUGAGUCUGCCCGUUCACGUAGCCCACACGGAGGAUGUUAUGGAACCCGAAAGGGUCACAGCAGCAAUUCAGGUCGAGCCAAAGAAUCAAACGGCCUGACUGGUUCAUCGGAGACACUGAGAUCAGAGAUGGACAAGACCUAGGUCAUCUAGUCUAUCUCCUGCACCCCGUGGGCUUUAGGGCCUCUGCUCCAGAGCUUUGGCCAACCCCGGGUCAAAUGACUCACGCAAUGUGGCUUCUGACCCCUGCCUGGGGAGCCUGUGUGUUCCCCAUUGCUCACCCUGUGUCCCGUUCCCCCCAGCCUCUCCCAGUGCUGCCCCAGUGGGAGGAAGGUCAGGAAGGGGAACCAGCCCUGAGGAGCGCCCACAAGCAGCUGGAAAGGCAGGCAUCACUAGGACCCGGAAAGAGAGGGCAAUAUGGGGGAUUGCCCCGCGAUCCGGCAGCUGCUCUCUGGGACCAUGUCCUUCCCCAGGGCCUGCAGUCCUCGGAGACUGGGCCAUCAGCAUCAGAGCCUCCCAAAGGUGAGCGGGAUCCACCUUCAGGCCGUCCCGAAUGACUUACCCUGCUAGAAAGUAAACAUUCCACCUCUGUACGUGACGCUUUGUCAUCGUCCCUCUCUGGGGCUUGCCCUGGCACCAGGGGCGAGCCCACGUCUCUGCUGGGUCCAUAUGGCCUGCAGCCGGUUAGCACACAGGUGACCCGCAGAGCUUGGGUGGGGGGGUCUUUCUUCAGCUGCCAGCACAGUGGCAUGGAACUGCUCAGGCCAGGCUCUGUCUGCCAGGCUCCACAGACAGACAUAGGCACCAUUGGGGUCUAGCCCUGACUCGGAGCCCGCCCCACCAUGCCCUGGCACAGCUGGGCUCACAUGGGUGCCAGGCCUCACCCUGCAAACGAGUGCGGCCCUACAUGUUGAAACAGACCCUUUAGUUCAAACCAGGUCAGAGGGAUCAUCCCCAGGUACAACCAGAAGCCCCCACCCUCCACGUAGCCGCAUCACCCCCUACUCAGCCGCUGCCGGCAGGCACCAGGGAUGCCGGGGCGCCCCUGUUUGUGAGGCUCCGUGGCCCUGCCUGGAUUGAGAAGCCAGAAGCGUGGGGCAGGGAGGGAAUUCAGUCCCAGAUGGGACUGGGGCUGGGGAACCAGGGCAGGGGCCGUGACCGAAUGGCAGAAGACAUGAAGGAGAUGGACGGGCUAUGCACGAGCCCCUCAACCAAUUCCCCGUGGCCACGCCACCUCUUCACACACGCAGCCCCAACGGCCUAACCAAAGGCAGCAGCACCCAGAGACCAACCUGCCCAUGUCACAGGGACAAGCAGAAGAGCGGGGCUGACCCCGCACCCACACUGAAUUGGGGGGCAGCGCCCAAACAUUGUGGCUUGAGUCCCUCUCUGCAAGGGUCUAAUGAGCAUGCCCCCUCCAAAGAGCCGCAAGCUGUGACAUUCAGAUCCUACCCCAGAGCUGCCCGCCUGGCCUCUGAUGUCAACGCGGCUCUCUUUCCUUUGCCCCAAUUCA